AUGUUCUUUCUCUUGCUAACAAUUCAAAGUAUCGUAACGGUCAUCUUUUUACAGAUAUUUAAAUUCUUAAACUUGAUUCAAUAUCGUGAAUUGGAAAUAGAAACAGUUAAGAAAUGGUAUCCAAUUGUUAUUUUUUUGGCUGUCAUGAUUUAUACAGGAUCUAAGGCUUUACAAUAUUUACCUAUUCCAGUGUAUACCAUUUUUAAGAAUUUGACAAUUAUUUUAAUUGCAUAUGGUGAAGUUCUUUGGUUUGGAAGUAAUAUUACAUCCAUGAUGUUAGUUUCGUUUUUAUUAAUGACAUUAUCAUCUGUUAUUGCUGGCUGGAAUGAUGUAUCUAGUGUAAUUAAAUCUCUACUGGAUGUAAGAGCUAUACCGUUAACUACAAGUACAUCUGCUGUCCUUGGUUAUAUUUGGAUGAUUAUAAACUGUUUUUCAUCUGCUUCUUUUGUGUUAUACAUGCGAAAACGUAUCAAAUUGACAAAUUUCAAAGAUUUUGACACUGUUUAUUACAAUAACAUCUUAUCAAUUCCAUUACUUAUGAUUCCCAGCUUAUUAUUAGAAGAUUGGUCAUCUCAAAAUCUACUAUUAAACUUUCCUCCUGAACAAUGUCAGAUACGUAUUUGGGCCAUGAUAUUCUCGGGUAUAUCAGCAUUUGGUAUGUCCUAUGCAUCAUCUUGGUGUGUUCGUACAACUUCUUCUACUACAUAUUCAAUGGUUGGAUCACUAAAUAAACUACCCAUUGCCAUCUCUGGUAUCAUCUUUUUCGGUGAUCCAGCAACCUUCGGAAAUGUCUCUGCAAUCAUGAUUGGAUUUAUUGCAGGCUUAGUUUAUUCAUAUGCUAAAGCUUUCCCAAAUCAAAAUUCGAAAAACAUGUCAAAUUAUACAGUUUUAUCAACUUCAAGUCAAAAUCAUUCUGAUGCAAAUAACGCAAAUGAAAAAUAA